GGGGGGGGAGGGACCUUCCGAUGCCCUGGGCGUUCUUAGAGCCACCGCCGACUAGUUUGAACUCAUAGGCAGACAGCAUAAGGGCAGUUGUGUAAUGUGUAAAUGCAUAUUACAGUGUGCUUUUUGGUGGUGGAAGUGUGCCGAUAAUACUUUUUAACCUCCAUUAAAUAUGUUUGCUGAUCCGGAUUAACGAGGUUCUACUAAAAUUGGUGUACACCCUCCAUUGUAAGAAGUGUAAUUUUCAACAUGUGUGCCAGACCAAGAGAAAACCGAGAUGGAAUUAAUGAGCCCAGGAGAAACAUCCUCGAAUAUCCCAAUAGACUUCACUCCAUUUGCUAACAGGUACGGGCGGCUGCACGUGCUGCGCUGGCUGCUGUGGGAGGCCGAGAUGCCGGCGCUGGAGCGGAGCGCCAACGGCGCGCUGGCGCUGCACUACGCGGCGGCGCGCGGCUGCCUCGACUGCGUCAAGCUGCUCGUCGAGUCCUCCGCCGAGCUCAGCGCCAACGCGCAGAUGGACAACGACGUGACGCCCGUGUACCUGGCGGCGCAGGAGGGCCACCUGGACGUGCUGCGCUUCCUGGUGGUGGAGGCGGGCGGCUCGCUGUACGUGCGCGCGCGCGACGGCAUGGCCCCCGUGCACGCCGCUGCGCAGAUGGGCUGCCUCGCCUGCCUCAAGUGGAUGAUUGCGGAGCAGGGCGUGGACCCCAACCUGCGCGACGGCGACGGCGCCACGCCGCUGCACUUCGCGGCGUCGCGCGGCCACGCGGACACCGUGCGCUGGCUGCUGCGUCACGGCGCGCGCCUCACGCUCGACAAGUUCGGCAAGAGCGCGCUCAACGACGCCGCCGAGAACCAGCAGAUGGAGUGCCUGAGCCUGCUCCUGCAGCACGGGGCGGCGGCUGACUACAUCGAUGCGCGCCCGAAGACUGGAACCAAGGACCCCAACAGAUGCGUGGAGUGCGAGCCGGGCGGCGUGGUGGGCGGGGGCGGCGGGUCCCCGGUGCCGCCGCCGUCGCAG